CUGAGUAGGCUUAUUUAAGCCCCUGGCGCGGGAGUCUCAGCGAAGAGAAAGGCAGUCCCCACCUACGACACAGUGGUUCAUAUCAACGAUCUCUUGUAAGAAAAUGAAUUUCACUGGAAAGAUGACCAACAGACAACAAAAGUCUGAUGAGAAUGUACACAGCUUUUUCAAACCAUCUCUGAUGGCAAUGGGUCUUCCCAGGCAAAGACUGCAGGUCCUCCAACCCUUAGCUGACAAUGUUGGAAAUAUCAUUCCCAAGCGGAAACUGUGGAGCUCAGAACAAACUAGAGGUCCAAAGAGGGUCAAGGUAGAAGUCAAAUCUACACAAACAGAAGAAACUCAGUGUUCGACAGAUGGCAUGACCAGUGAAGCAUAUGAUCUUAUGGUCGUCGAAACUCCUCCUUCCAACUACUGGAAAGAGACAGCUGAGGAGCGUCGGAAGGCCUUGCAGGUUGUCAUACAGGAGAAUAAGAAGAUGCACAAAUGCAUUGAGGCCAAAGAGGAACAGAUAACACAGCUAAAGUGUGAAAAUGAAGAGCUGCAGGCGCUGGCACAGCACGUACAGUACAUGGCGGAUAUGAUUGAGAGGCUGACUGGGAAGAGUCCAGACAAUCUGGAGGAACUGCAGGAUAUUGCUCUUGAUGUGGUAGAUGAUGAUGAUGAGGAGGAGGAUGAUGCCGACUCUGAUUUCAGUCAUAGUGACUCGGUGGAAGAAGAGCCCUCAGACCAUGAUGAAGAAGAGACCUCAGACCACCAAGAAGAUGAAGAAGAGACCUCGGACAAUGAAGAAGCUGGACCUCCGUCAGAGCAGGAUUAACUGACCCAGCUCUUCUGUCAUGGGACUUUGACCUGCUUAUACAUGUUUGCAGAUUUAGGCUAAAGUUUUCUUUGGAAGCAACAAGUGGCCAUCCAUUGACUGAAUUGGCUUUACAAAGUAAUUUAUUUACUCUAAACUGCAAUAGUUUUAAAUGCAUGCAAUCUUUAUAUUUUUCCGCCUUAACAGACGGGGGCUUGUUUUGAUUGAGAAGUUUGUGUUGUACAGUGGUUUGUUGACUGAGCUUGUGUGAAGAUGCAUUUUUCAAAAAGCUACUUUCCACGGUCUUUAAAGUAGCUUUCAGCGUCUUUGUGUCCACUCAAAUGUGUGCUCCAGUUUAAUUCAGCGUGACCGGUCUGCCUGGCUCAGAAAGCAGGGGGAGUGUAGGGGUGUGAGAGUGGACAUUUUUUUCCCCCGCCUUUAACAGGCGGGGGGCUUGUUUUAUUGGUUUUGAUUGAGACGUUUGUGUUAAAAAACAAGCCAUUAUAGGCCUUUUACACAGCAGACCUUUUUGGCAGGUCACAGUAGGAGAAGCGCAGGUGUGAGUAAUAACAAAGGCUGCUUUCCGUUAGUGCUGCAGGUCUCCAGUAAGGUGCAUUGGCUUACUGUGACACUUGACUAGACCAGAGCCAUUGUUGGUGUUUUUGGAUAAGUCGCAGCACGGAUUACUUUGUUGCAACUGGUGGACUAACACAAAGCCCUGCAGCUCCACCAGGUACGCUGUCGGCUGUCUGAUGCUAGAGAAAGGAUUUAGGUACUACCCAAACCCCUGUGGGGUCUUUUCCUUUGACAUUAUAACUCAAUAUGACACCAUGUGACUGAAACCCUUGUGCUUUUCCUACUGUGACAAGUGAAGCCUUAUUGAUUUUGCUCCCUUCCUGAUUAUAUGUGGCCUGUACCAUAAAGUGUUUUGGUUUACACUGUACAAAUGUUAUCCUUAUGGCACAGCUCUGUACGUAAUGCCUUGUUAAAAUAAACACUUUUUCUAGGAAAAACGAA